UACAUUUCUAAGAUCUACACAAGGGUGAAAGAAGCCCAAUACAUAUUUUUAUUUCUAACAAAUAGCCACUGGUCGCGCGGAUAUGACGCACGGUGCGAUCUGUGACGCCACUGACUGUAUUGCCGCGAAAUGUCAAAUCAUGGCAGCAGGAUUUCAGAAAUGAUCGUCUCUUGAGUAUGAGAACCAUGAGAAGUCAAGGCAGAUCUGGUCCAGAUGGGGUUUCUCUCCAUGGCAAGGAUGCACUUCAACUCCUUCCACAGAAACUAGGGGAAAAACUGAUGCCCUUCCAGAGAGAAGGGGUCCGUUUUGCCCUAUCAAGGGAUGGACGGUGCAUGAUUGCAGAUGAGAUGGGUUUGGGAAAGACGAUCCAGGCCAUUUCGGUGGCGUAUAUCUUCAAAGAAGAAUGGCCUCUGCUGAUUGUGGUGCCUUCAUCUCUGAAAUACCCUUGGAUUGAAGAGCUGGAGAAGUGGAUUCCCGAACUCGACCCCAGAGACAUCAACUUGGUCGAAAGCAAGACCGAUACAAUGAGCAUCGGCACUAGCAAAGUGACUAUACUGGGAUACGGGCUGCUCACGACGGACGCACGCCCCCUGCUGGAGGCCCUGAACAAGCAACGAUUCGACGUCAUCCUGGUGGAUGAAUCCCACUACCUGAAAUCUCGCAACGCAGCUCGUAGUAAAAUAUUGGUGCCAAUCAUUCAGAACGCCAAGCGUGCCAUCCUUCUAACUGGCACCCCGGCGCUGGGCAGACCAGAGGAGCUCUUCAUGCAAAUCGAUGCUUUGUAUCCACGGAGGUUUGGAACCUGGAGCGACUACGCCAAAAAAUACUGCAACGCACACUACAAGUUUUUCGGGGCCAGACGGCAGUGGGACUGUCGCGGUGCGUCUCAUUUGGACGAGUUACACCAGCGUCUGAGCGAGAUUAUUAUUCGCAGACUCAAGAAUCAGGUGCUGACUCAACUACCACCCAAAAUACGCCAACGAAUCCCCUUCGACCUUCCCAAAGAUGCUGCCAAGGAAGCGAGUGCUAGUUUUGAGCGGUGGGAGAAACUGAUGAGCUCUGAGAGUGAGAAUCAGUUUGUGGAGGUGAUGAGUCUCAUCACACACAUGUAUAAGCAGACCGCCAUUGCCAAGGCCGGAGCGGUGAAGGACUAUAUAAAGAUGAUGUUGGAGACCGAACAGCUGAAGUUUCUGGUCUUCGCUCAUCAUCUCAGCAUGCUGCAGGCGUGUACCGAGGCUGUCAUCGAGGCCAAGGCUAGUUAUAUCCGCAUCGAUGGCAGUGUUCCAUCUGCAGAGAGGAUCCAACUUGUGCAUCGUUUUCAAAAUGAUCCAGACACGCGUGUGGCCAUACUAAGUAUACAGGCAGCUGGACAGGGUCUGACAUUUACGGCUGCGUCUCACGUGGUCUUUGCCGAACUCUACUGGAACCCAGGACACAUCAAACAAGCAGAGGACAGAGCACAUCGCAUAGGGCAGACCACUACGGUACACAUCCACUACCUCAUUGCCAAAGGAACCUUUGACACCGUCAUGUGGGCCAUGUUAAACAGAAAGGAAACGGUUACGGGCAGCGCUCUGAACGGAAAGAAAGAGUAUUUGAAAGCUGAGGUGGGAGACGAAGAGAAAUGGGACUUUCUGAACUUUGCUAAGGCAUGGACGCCAAGCGACACCAUGAAAGGUGACUCUGAGGACGACAAGGAUGGAAUUUUCUUUUCUCAUUUUGAAAGGGAAAAGCAGCACGACAUCCGAUCGUUUUUUUCCCCCUCUGUGAACAAAGAAAAGAAGAGGAAACGAACCGGGGAUUCACCCUCCAACGGAUCUCCUCUCGCCCAAUUACCCGAGGGGGCGGAGCCUGUUCGGACCCCAGAGAUCCAGAGCUCUGAUUUGAAGGCCGACCAGGGGGAGGACUUUUCUCCGCAGGUGAAGCGGUUUAGGCAGGUUAGCCCCUCGUCACGACGUGGGGGUAAGAAGAGCCCCCUGUCGUCCUUGUGCGCCCCCCGAAGGCUCUCGGCGGGACUGCAGGCUCCGCACCACAAUCAGAAGUGGAACUGUUCGGCAUGUACAUUCUCCAACAGCGGAUUGCUGCUACACUGCGAGAUGUGUGAAAGUCCGCGAAAUGCACAAAAAGGUGAAAUCUACACACACAAACAAUU